CUUAAAUCAAUUUUUAAAAAGAAAAGAAAGAAAGAAAAGAAUUGUAUUGAUAGCCCUUAUAGGUUCAAGGGUGGCUUCGGCAAGGAAGAGGCAAAAAUCCCUGCCCCAUCUGCCAGUUGAACUCCUCCACCUCCCCUCCUCAAUGGCUGCAUUUCAGGACUGAAGGAGCUUUGGAAUUCUUAGGAAGAAAUGCCUGCUGUUUGGUAAUGAGAAGUGGUAAAAACUGACCUCGUACUGGUAUACAAACACUAUGGGACCUGACACUUCUGCUGCAUGGGCAACCAGCCCUCACUGAUAAUGUUGGGAAGCCAUCGGGUCCACUGGAAAACACUAAUCUGAUCUCGGAAGUGGCUGAUUGUGGCAGGAUGUGUCGGCGAUGAUGAUGGCAAGAAAGCAAGAUGUCCGCAUUCCCACCUACAACAUCAGUGUGGUGGGAUUGUCUGGGACCGAAAAGGAGAAGGGCCAGUGUGGCAUUGGGAAGUCUUGUCUGUGCAACCGCUUCGUGCGCCCAAGUGCUGAUGAAUUUCACUUGGACCAUACCUCUGUCCUCAGCACCAGUGACUUUGGUGGGCGGGUGGUCAAUAAUGACCACUUUCUCUACUGGGGAGAAGUUAGCCGAUCCCUGGAGGAUUGCGUGGAAUGUAAGAUGCACAUCGUGGAGCAGACUGAAUUCAUUGAUGAUCAGACUUUUCAACCUCAUCGAAGCACGGCCCUACAGCCCUAUAUCAAGAGAGCUGCUGCAACCAAGCUCGCAUCAGCUGAAAAACUCAUGUACUUUUGCACUGACCAGCUGGGGCUGGAGCAGGACUUUGAGCAGAAACAAAUGUCAGAUGGAAAGCUGCUAAUUGAUGGUUUUCUUCUUGGUAUCGAUGUUAGCAGGGGCAUGAAUAGGAACUUUGAUGACCAGCUCAAGUUUGUCUCCAAUCUCUACAAUCAGCUUGCAAAAACAAAAAAACCCAUAGUGGUGGUCCUGACUAAGUGUGACGAGGGCGUUGAGCGGUACAUUAGAGAUGCACAUACUUUUGCCUUAAGCAAAAAGAACCUCCAGGUUGUGGAGACCUCAGCAAGAUCCAACGUAAAUGUGGACUUGGCUUUUAGCACCUUAGUGCAACUCAUUGACAAAAGUCGGGGAAAAACGAAAAUCAUUCCUUACUUUGAAGCUCUCAAGCAGCAGAGUCAGCAGAUAGCUACCGCAAAAGAUAAAUAUGAGUGGCUGGUGAGUCGCAUUGUGAAAAACCACAAUGAGAAUUGGCUUAGCGUCAGCCGAAAGAUGCAGGCCUCUCCUGAGUACCAGGACUAUGUCUACCUAGAAGGGACUCAGAAAGCCAGGAAGCUGUUUCUCCAGCACAUCCACCGCCUCAAGCACGAGCAUAUUGAGCGCAGAAGGAAGCUGUACCUGGCAGCCCUGCCAUUAGCUUUUGAAGCUCUUAUACCCAAUCUAGAUGAAAUAGACCACCUAAGCUGCAUAAAAGCCAAAAAGCUCUUGGAGACCAAGCCAGAAUUCUUGAAGUGGUUUGUUGUGCUUGAGGAGACCCCGUGGGAUGCCACCAGCCACAUUGACAACAUGGAGAACGAGCGGAUUCCCUUUGAUUUAAUGGAUACGGUCCCUGCAGAGCAGCUGUAUGAGACCCACUUAGAGAAACUACGGAAUGAGAGGAAAAGAGCUGAGAUGAGAAGGGCGUUUAAAGAAAACCUGGAGACUUCUCCUUUCAUAACUCCUGGAAAGCCUUGGGAAGAGGCCCGCAGUUUCAUCAUGAAUGAAGAUUUCUACCAGUGGCUGGAAGAAUCUGUAUACAUGGAUAUCUAUGGCAAGCACCAAAAGCAGAUUAUAGACAGAGCAAAGGAGGAGUUUCAGGAGCUUCUUGUAGAAUAUUCAGAAUUGUUCUAUGAGCUAGAACUGGAUGCAAAGCCCAGCAAGGAGAAGAUGGGGGUCAUUCAGGAUGUUCUAGGGGAGGAACAGCGGUUUAAAGCAUUACAGAAGCUCCAAGCGGAGCGUGAUGCCCUUAUCCUGAAGCACAUUCAUUUUGUGUACCACCCAACAAAGGAAACAUGCCCUAGCUGCCCGGCUUGUGUGGAUGCUAAGAUUGAGCACUUGAUUAGUUCUCGAUUUAUCCGGCCAUCUGACCGGAAUCAGAAAAAUUCACUUUCUGACCCCAACAUUGAUAGAAUCAACUUGGUUAUCUUGGGUAAAGAUGGUCUUGCCCGAGAGUUGGCCAAUGAGAUUCGAGCUCUUUGUACAAAUGAUGACAAGUAUGUGAUAGAUGGUAAAAUGUAUGAGCUUUCCCUGAGGCCAAUAGAAGGGAAUGUCAGGCUUCCUGUGAACUCUUUCCAAACGCCAACAUUUCAGCCCCAUGGAUGUCUCUGCCUUUACAAUUCAAAGGAAUCUCUUUCCUAUGUGGUGGAGAGUAUAGAGAAGAGUAGAGAGUCUACACUUGGUAGGCGCGAUAAUCAUUUAGUCCAUCUCCCCCUGACGUUAAUUUUGGUUAACAAGAGAGGAGACACCAGUGGAGAGACCCUGCAUAGCUUAAUACAACAAGGCCAGCAGAUUGCUAGCAAACUUCAGUGUGUCUUUGUGGACCCUGCUUCUGCUGGCAUCGGUUAUGGACGCAACAUUAACGAAAAGCACAUCAGCCAAGUUUUGAAAGGACUCUUGGACUCUAAGCGUAACUUAAACUUGGUCAGUUCUACCGCUAGCAUCAAAGAUCUGGCUGAUGUUGACCUGCGAAUUGUCAUGUGUCUGAUGUGUGGAGAUCCUUUUAGUGCAGACGACAUACUUUUUCCUGUCCUUCAGUCCCAAACCUGUAAAUCUUCCCAUUGUGGGAGCAACAACUCUGUUUUACUUGAACUACCAAUUGGACUACACAAGAAGCGCAUUGAACUGUCUAUUCUUUCAUACCAUUCCUCAUUUAGCGUCAGAAAAAGCCGGUUAGUCCAUGGGUACAUUGUUUUUUAUUCAGCCAAACGUAAGGCCUCCUUGGCUAUGUUACGUGCCUUUCUUUGUGAAGUGCAGGAUAUUAUCCCCAUUCAACUGGUCGCACUCACUGAUGGCGCUAUAGAUGUCUUGGACAAUGACUUAAGUCGGGAACAGCUGACUGAGGGGGAGGAGAUUGCUCAAGAAAUUGAUGGCAGGUUCACAAGCAUCCCCUGUAGCCAACCCCAGCAUAAACUUGAGCUCUUUCAUCCAUUUUUUAAAGAUGUGGUGGAGAAAAAGAACAUAAUUGAGGCUACUCAUAUGUACGAUAAUGCUGCCGAGGCCUGUAGCACCACAGAGGAGGUGUUUAACUCUCCUCGGGCAGGCUCUCCGCUCUGCAACUCAAACCUGCAGGAUUCAGAAGAGGAUAUUGAGCCCCCUUCGUACAGCCUGUUCCGAGAAGACACAUCACUGCCCUCCCUGUCCAAAGACCAUUCUAAGCUCUCUAUGGAACUGGAGGGAAAUGAUGGAUUGUCUUUAUUCAUGAGCAACUUUGAGAGUAAACUGAACAACAAAGUACCUCCACCAGUCAAACCAAAGCCUCCUGUCCAUUUUGAAAUUACAAAGGGGGAUCUGUCUUACUUAGAGCAAGGCCAUAGAGAUGGACAGAGGAAGUCUGUGUCUUCUAGCACCUGGCUACCUCCAGAUGGGUUCGAUCCUUCUGAUUAUGCCGAACCCAUGGAUGCUGUGGUCAAGCCAAGGAAUGAAGAAGAAAACAUAUACUCAGUGCCCCAUGACAGCACCCAAGGCAAGAUCAUCACCAUUCGGAAUAUCAACAAGGCCCAAUCUAAUGGCAGUGGGAAUGGUUCUGACAGUGAAAUGGACACUAGCUCUCUAGAGCGAGGCCGCAAAGUAUCCAUUGUGAGCAAGCCAGUGCUAUACAGGACGAGAUGCAGCCGGCUGGGGAGGUUUGCUAGUUACCGAACCAGCUUCAGCGUAGGGAGUGAUGAUGAGCUGGGGCCCAUCCGGAAGAAAGAGGAGGACCAGGCAUCCCAAGGUUAUAAAGGGGACAAUGCUGUCAUUCCGUAUGAAACAGAUGAAGACCCAAGGAGGAGAAAUAUUCUUCGCAGUCUAAGAAGGAACACUAAGAAACCAAAGCCCAAACCCCGGCCAUCCAUCACGAAGGCAACCUGGGAGAGUAACUAUUUUGGGGUCCCCUUAACAACCGUCGUGACUCCAGAGAAGCCAAUUCCUGUUUUUAUUGAGAGAUGCAUUGAGUACAUUGAAGCCACAGGACUGAGCACUGAAGGCAUCUACCGGGUCAGCGGGAACAAGUCAGAGAUGGAGAGUCUGCAGAGACAGUUUGAUCAAGACCACAACUUGGACUUGGCAGAGAAAGACUUUACAGUGAACACUGUGGCUGGUGCCAUGAAGAGCUUUUUCUCAGAGCUGCCUGACCCCCUGGUCCCAUACAACAUGCAGAUUGAUCUGGUGGAGGCACACAAAAUCAAUGACCGGGAGCAGAAGUUGCAUGCCCUGAAGGAGGUACUCAAGAAAUUUCCAAAGGAAAACCAUGAAGUCUUCAAAUACGUCAUCUCUCAUCUGAACAAAGUCAGCCACAACAACAAAGUGAAUCUCAUGACUAGUGAGAAUCUCUCCAUCUGCUUCUGGCCCACCUUGAUGAGGCCCGACUUCAGCACCAUGGACGCACUCACGGCCACGCGGACCUACCAGACAAUCAUCGAGCUCUUCAUCCAGCAGUGCCCUUUCUUCUUCUACAAUCGGCCCAUCAGCGAGCCUCCCGGUGCCACGCCCAGCUCCCCCUCUGCCGUGGCUUCCACCAUGCCCUUCCUCACCUCCACACCCAUCACCAGCCAACCGUCACCCCCCCAGUCGCCUCCGCCCACCCCCCAGUCCCCAAUGCAGCCACUGCUCCCCUCCCAGCUUCAAGCUGAGCACACGCUGUGAGUCACCAAGGCCUGGGGCAGAGGAGGCUGUCUUCUCUUCGGUGGGGUGGCAUUUGGCCUUGAACACAACCAGGUCCACUGGGGAAGGGUGGGGAGGGUAUCCCCUCUCCCCUGUCACCUUCUCAAGACCUCAGUGGUAGCACCAGCCAACAGUCCACCAUAGGCUGGGCUCUCAGGUGCCCCGAGCCUAGGACUCAGACCUGGGGCUGACUAGGCAGUGGCUGGGGUGCCCUGCCCUUCGACAUGGACCCCUUUGAGGACUGAACUGGUUAGGCAACAGCCCUGGUCCACACAGUCACCUGCCUGCCUGUGCGCUGGCCUCAGGGCCCGCCCACUGCUUAGACAGAGCCCUGGCGUUUGCCAGCAGAAGGAGGAGGUUCCUAGAUGCAGGCCGCCCCAGGGCAGUGCUAGCAACCCCCGAGGAGAACACUUCCCAUCUGUCUCUUCCCACCUUCCAUAUCUGCACCCCCACCCCCAGUUGGGGGUACAGCUGUCUAGCCACCUCCUUGGGAACAUGUAGGCCAGGGCUCUGCCGCCCCAAGGUACAGUGCUGAGGGCAUCGGCCCGGCAAUCAGGACAGAGGGAGGUAGCUUUGUGCCUGGACCAAGAGAGAGCAACUUUCCCCUCCGGCCCUCACGCCCUUCCCCUCACAGGCUUUGGGAUACAUUCCCUUUGCAGCAAAGGAACACUGGAAGAAAAAUGGAAAAAUUCAUCCAAUUUUAAAAAAGAAAAAGGAAGAAACUACCAGAAGAAAACUGCAGACCUCAAGAUUCAGCUCUCCUGCCACCUCUUGGAGAGGCAAACAGCUGGAAGGUGGCCCUUGUCUUGUGACAGCAAACCGAGGCCCAGGGCUGGUUGCCUGAGAGCCUAUUGGGGUCCCAUUUACAUUCUGUCACCAUACCCUCCUUUCCCCAGAAGAUGGUUUGAGCCCUUGGUGGGCAGAGCUGGGGAGACCAGCAGACCAACCUGGAACUUGGUCUGCCUUUGAACACAUUACAGUACUAUAGAAACACUACUUUGUGUGUGUGUGCGAGUGUGUGUGUGUGUGUGUGUGUGUGUGUGUGUGUGUGUGCAUGAGUGGGGGGGCUGGUACGCCUGUGAGGGAGGGGACAGCUGAGGGUGCAGAGUUCACUUGGGUUUAGUGUGUUUGGUGUUGAAGUGGAAUCAUUUUCGUCCUGGGCCAUAGAAUGCUGCCAUCAGCGCUGUUUGUGGGAAGUGGGCGGGGUAUCUGCCCACACAUGUUCAUGCUCCCAGGGCCAGCAGGCCUGAGGAGCCACAGGCACAAAGGCCAUCAGAGUCACAGAGCACUGUGCCUGCCUGUCACACCACCACCACCACCCUGUCCCAUGGCCUUCCCUCAGCUUCCUGGCCCCUGGCCUCUGGGAGAACCCUUCUCGCACCCCACCUCCGCCCCACAGCACAGCAGCCCCGCUAAAGCUGCUGCCCACAUGGCUGCCCCCACUCCUGGUGGCUCAGCCAUGGCCUUGACAGUGGAGAAGCCUGACACUAAGGUACCCGGGGUGGGCAGUAGGUCCCCGCAUGCCACCCAGCCCUCCGGGUCUCUUUGCACUUUAAGCAGUACCUGUGGUAUAUUCAAGGAUGCCCUGGGUGACCUCAGCUGGGUAGCCUGACAAAGGGGGUGCCUUCAAACAAUCUCCAGUCACCCCCAGCCCCGAACACUUCUGUUGGUUGUGGAGGGCAGGGCAGGCCCUUUGCUCACCGAUGUCCCCCUCUGGAUAAGCUGGAUUCUUACAGUUCUUGUUCUUGUAUGGCAAACUAUGGUGCUUGGGAAAACUAAAUGAGUCCUGCAAGUUUUAACCCCUCCAAGAACAUAAGUCAAAGGGCAAACCCAAGGUACAGGAAUGUUUUAUGUAAACGUUGGAUGACGAUGUUUCCUCUGGCAGAGGACGCUGUGCCGAUGCUUUAGGUUGGUAGGCUGGAAGACAGUGUUUGUGUUUAGUUUUGACCCGGUCAGCAAACAUACACA